UUGAUACGCGGCAAAUUCCAGUCCCGCAUUUAGCAGCGGAUUUUAUCUGGCUAAACUUUUUGUCUUCGGCUUUGUACGGUAAUUCAUUUUCAGAUUUGUUUUGGAAUACCAGUUCCCAGCGUUAGAUGCUGCGUCGACCUCGUUAAAAGCGCGUGUGCGAAUUAAUGCAAAAAGUUUCAAUGGAAAUGUUAUUAAUUUUCGCCACAAACGUGUGCUACGUAUCAAGAUGAUCCCGGAGCUGGUGAAUUUAUGGAAGCGAACGCCGUUACUUCUGGGAAUUUAUGCAAAAUUAAACUCGUUGGGAAAGUUCACAGUGAGCUCAGUUUUCAAAAUUUUGUAAUC